AUGUCGGAGGCGAAGCUGGAGCCCAACGCCACGGGCCUCAGCUACAACGCUGGGAUCAGCGCGUGCGAGAAGGGCGAGAAGUGGCAGCAGGCCCUGUCGCUGCUUCGCGAGAUGCGGGCGGCGAGGUCGGAGCCCAACGUCGUCAGCUACAGUGCUGGUGUCAGCGCGUGCGAGAAAGGAGAGCAGUGGCAGCGGGCCUUGUCGCUUCUCAGCGAGAUGCGGGGGGAGAAGCUGGAGCCCAAUGUCAUCUCCCUACAACUCUGGGAUCAGCGCGUGCGAGAAGAGCAAGCAGUGGCAGCGGGCCCUGUCGCUGCUCGGCGAGAUGCGGGAAGCGGAGUUGGAGCCCAGC